GUUUCUAUUCCAGAAGUCCAAACCUAAGAGACUAAAGACCACAGAGAGGGUCAGAGUUCCAGUUUUCUAAGUUUACGCAGGGUGAUGGAUAACUGGAAUAACCUCUUUCAGGAGUUUCAACUUGAUUACUAUUUAAUAUCAGAGCUCCAUUAUUUCAUCCUGUGGGCAAGUAAGUGAAUUCACAAAAGAAUGAUUUAUAAGCCAUGUUAUUAUUUAGAGUGAGAAGUGUCAUAAGUAAAAAAAGAGACCAGAAAAGUCCCCCACAGGUCAUUCAGAUGUAUCAACGUGAAUAGAAAUGCAGAUUAAAGCAGAAAAGUCCAAGUCUUAGAAGAAGCAACAGGCAUCCUGAAGCCUUGGGCCCUGUCUUUCAUCUCAGCAUCCUUCGGGUCUGAAACACACAAGCCCUGACUCACAGGAAAAGAGGCACCAGGACCCAACCGCCCAGGAGCUCCGCCCCUCCACCUCCUCUGGGAAAACCGAUGAACCAUAGAGAUGCGGUUCCUAGAGAGCCGGGAUUGGGGUGCGGGGAGCCGCCGGAAGUUGCAGUAUCCACGGCUCAGCCAUUAUUUUGGGUUAUGGCUGUUGCCAUGUCCCGUUCCGGUGUCAACUCCUAGCGGCCUGGCGCUGAGCCUGCGCUACUUGAGGCUGGAGCCGCAGCAGGAACCCCUGAUGAUAUUCUCCAAACUCUCAGAAAGAAGUCAAGAAUUAAGGGGACUUGGAAAGGAACCUUUCUUAAAAGACAACAAUGACAAGAGAAAACUGGGCCCACGGUGCUCUGAGACAAGAAGGUCUUGUGAAAGGAAAGGAUGAUACCUGGAAAUGGGGAACCAGCUUCCAAGGGAGCAGCUCUUCUGUUUGGGAGACCUCCCACCUGCACUUUAGACAGUUGCGUUACCAUGAGACCUCUGGACCCCAGGAGGCUCUAAGCCGGCUCCGGGAACUCUGUCGCCGUUGGCUGAGGCCAGAAGCACGCACCAAGGCACAGAUCUUGGAGCUGUUGGUGCUGGAGCAGUUUCUGAGCAUCCUUCCUGGGGAGAUUCGGACCUGGGUGCAGCUCCAUCGUCCUGGGUGUGGCGAGGAGGCUGUGGCCCUGGUAGAGGAGCUGCAGAAAGACCUCGAUGGACCAGCACUAAAAGUUCCAGUCUUUGUCAAGGAUCAGGACAUUCUUCAGGAGAUGGGCACUCUAGGAACAACACCUCUUAUACCCACUGGCAGCCACAUACCAGCUGAAAUUUGCCCCAAUCCUCUUACUGAACAAAUGGUGUUCAACCUCCAGGAUCCUCAACAUGAUUCUCCCGCCCAUGAAGCUUCUAACCUUUCCCAAGAAGAGAACCCAAGAAAUCAAUUAAUGGCACUUAUGCUCCUAACAGCCCAGCCCCAGGAAUUGGUGAUGUUUGAGGAGGUGUCAGUGUGCUUCACUUCAGAGGAAUGGGCUUGUCUGGGCCCAAUUCAGAGGGCCUUGUACUGGGACGUGAUGCUGGAGAAUUAUGGAAAUGUCACCUCCCUAGAAUGGGAGACCAUGACCGAGAAUGAGGAGGUGACAUCAAAACCAAGGAUUUCUCAGAGAGCAGACUCUCAGAAGGGAACAUCAAAAGGAUUUCAAGGAGGUGUUCACCAGGUCCCUGAUUUUGAGGAAGAGUGUGAAUGGCAAGUUAUGUCAAGUCAGUGGGAAAAUGAAAUGGGGGAAAGGACAGAUACAGUGAAGAAAAGUUCCCUUUGUGAACAAGACAAGAAGAAAAGGCUGCUCCACCAGAAAAACGAGGCCAAACGUGGAAAGAAUUUGGAGAAAGCUUGACUUUAGGUUCAGCUAUUUCUGAAAGUUUAGUAGGUACUGAAGGAAGGAAGUUUUAUAGAUGUGAUAUUUGUUGUAAACAUUUCAACAAAAUCUCCCAUCUUAUAAACCAUC